AGUGACCAGAAUUGAGCAAGGUGUCAGCUGGACAGAUUAUGCCUGACAUUGCAAUGCUUGCUUUUUAGCAUGCUUUAACAGAACCUAUCAUCUCAUAGAUAUACAUGCAUGGGCAUUUUCAUUUUGAAAACAUGCCGGGAGAAAAACAACUCUCACUGGCUCUAGAGCAGGCUUGGUCUAUAUCUGAAUUCCUGCUGUUUGGGAGGAUGCUGGUUCUCUCUUCCAUUUUGCAAGCAGCCUGGAUGCUGGUUUCUAUGGUUGUCAUCUGAGAUCCCAGUGGUUACCAAGGUCGAUGCCAGGACAUAGGACAAGAUAGGACGGCUAUGUUGGUCUUGGACGUACAUACUACAAGAAGAGAAGUGGGGCUUGAGGUGGUUGUGGACCAAUUUCAGUUUCAGUUUGGCUGGAGAUGAGAAGAACCUGCUCGGCGCAAACAAGCAGAAAUUCUUGCAAUGACAAGCAAAGUAGUCCAGACGGACGGCCGCAUUUGAGCUGAUGGAUUGAUUUGCCUUCCCGGUGUGGUGUACUUUUCAAGCUUGCGAGGGGGACCGACAACACAACAACACAACAUAUGGACCAGCAGGAACGGACAAGCUAUUAGUAUGUGCUUGAAGCAAGCCGGCGACGCGCAGCAUUGUAUCAUUUGUAUGCCAUUGCCAUCUCUCCGUGGUUGCUGGUGGUGAUUGGUGGUGGUGCCGGCGGCGAGCUCGACGUGGGUGUCAGCCGGCGGGCGGCGGGUCGGGGAAGAAGAGUAGAGAGGCAUAGUCAUGCCGGUGAAGAGCAGCGCCAGCUUCCGGCUCACCGCGCUGCCGGUGGUGGUGGUCGCGCAGCUGCUGGCCGCCGCCGUGCUGACGCUCACGCUCGUCUGGGUGCUGCACUUCCGGGGUGGCGUCUCCUGGUCCUGGCAUAGGAGCUCUACCCCUCAGCUCGUUUACACGGCACAUCCUCUCUUCAUGGUGAUUGGCCUUGUCAUCUGCACGGGAGAAGCGAUAAUGGCGUACAGGAUCAUGCUGGGGUCAAGGGAGGUGAAGAAGGCGGUGCACCUGCUGCUGCAUCUGGUCGCCCUCGCCUUCGCCGCCGUCGGCCUGUACGCCGCCUUCAAGUUCCACCAUGAUCUCCGCGCCCCUGACAUCCGCUCCCUCCAUGCUUGGCUUGGGAUAACCACUGCAGCACUCUAUGCCUUUCAGUGGCUGGUGGGUUUUGUCUACUUUGUAUUCCCGGGGGCGGUGAUGACGAUGAGGGCUGACUACGCGCCAUGGCACAUUUUGUUGGGCAUCGUCAUCUUCCUCAUGGCCAUCUGCACCGCCGAGACCGGCCUAGCACGCUUCAUCUUCCCCUUCCACGGCUAUCCGAGCGAAGCGUUCGUCGUCAACUUCACCGGUCUCGCCAUCCUCAUGUUCGGCGUUGCUGUCGUCGUGGCUGCCAUCCUUCCAUCGAGAUAUUAACAAAAAUGCAGCUUAAUUUGCAGACUAGCACGAUCACUAAACCAAAGUUCACUAGUCGAUGGCAUUUAAUUUGCAUGUGAGUUGUAACAAUUUCGAGCUUGUUCUAACAUUAUGAUUAGAAAAUGGCGCGUGGCACGCUGGAUAUUUUAUAUCCCAUUAGUACUAUUCAUCGAUCCUCUAUAGCAUACAAAUAUUAUCAGGUUUUUUAUAGGAAUUAUUUAGUUCGUAUUUGAAACGAAAGAUAUAUAUAUUCAAAAUGGCUGAUGCUUUAUUCGUUAGCUUUUUUUUUAA